GCCGUCCUCGUGGCUGUCUUUUUCUCGUUGCUUUUUACGGCCCUCUUUUUUUGCUUUUUCGCUCUGUUUUGCAUUGCGUUUCUUUUUCCUCUCGAAUCCCGAGUCCCUACUCGUGCUUUAAUCUCCUAUCCCUCGUUCCUUUUUCCCCGCCCCGACUCCUUCAGUCGCUGUCGGUGGAAUCGCACCUGGGUCAAGACUGUUGUGUGCGCACCCAUUCACGCCUCUGCUCACUUGAGAACAGUCGCAAAAGACUUUUCCGAGCCCAAGAUGGCGCUCAAUCUUGACACUUCAGAUCGCCCGGCAUUCCGACUGCCCAACCCGCCGCCUCUCCUCCAUACGCGUACCGGAAAUGAUUCCCUGGAUCGCCCCUCAACACCCGCCCAGACUGAAUUCACCAGCCCCGUGCAAACCCCUCAGGGCAGUCCCAGCAAAAACAGAAUGCCCCCCGGUGCAAUCGACCUUCCCAACGUGUUCGAAAAGGCGCUGAAGCUGAACCCCACUUCGCCGACCAAAGGCACCUACAACCACUACAAUCACCCCAUGUUCGCGCCCCCCCGAAACAGUGAGGACUUUACCGAGAGCGUUAUCCGUCAGCCACCGGGCAGUCCCACACGCAAAUCCAACAAAGAAAACACCCCUCCCAACUCCACCCGUCUCACCAAGGACCUUGGUCCCAACCCCGCCGCUGCCGCUAUCUCCCGCCAUGAGCCAUACCAGCAACGAGAUCUGGAAAGCAUUCAGCGCCGUCAGGUCCCCAUGCGUGGGCUGACACCGGAGGAGUUGGAGAAGCUGCAGAAUCCCCGGGUCAAGCGACUGGUUAAUGUUACGCAACUUUAUUUCCUCGAUCAUUAUUUUGACCUAUUGAGCUAUGUCCAUAACCGCCAGAACCGCUACUCGCAAUUCCGCACCGCCUACCCCGAACCGCCCGUGACUCCGAUGGAGGACUAUGAACCCGCUCUGCUGAAAUACCUGGGUCGGGAACGGGCCCAUCUCCGCAAACGCCGCACCCGACUCCGUCAGCAUGACUUCCAGAUUCUCACACAGGUGGGCCAGGGUGGCUAUGGACAGGUCUAUUUGGCGCAAAAGAAGGACACACGGGAGGUGUGUGCGUUGAAAGUCAUGAGCAAGAAGUUACUGUUCAAGUUGGACGAGAUUCGCCAUAUCCUCACCGAGCGCGAUAUUCUGACGGCGGCCAAGAGCGACUGGUUGGUCAAGCUUCUUUAUGCUUUCCAGGAUGAGGACCAGAUCUACCUGGCGAUGGAGUAUGUUCCCGGAGGUGAUUUCCGCACGCUGCUGAAUAACACCGGCGUCUUGCACAAUCGCCAUGCUCGUUUCUACAUUGCGGAGAUGUUCAGCUGCAUCGAUGCUUUGCACGCUUUGGGGUACAUUCAUCGCGAUCUGAAGCCCGAGAACUUUCUGAUCGACUCAACUGGUCAUGUGAAGCUGACGGACUUUGGCUUGGCGGCCGGUAUGCUGAAUCCGGGCAAGAUUGAAUCGAUGCGGGUGAAACUGGAGGAGGUCGGCAACACGCCCGUGCCCUUUGGUCGACCCAUGGAACAGCGUACGGUGGCUGAGCGUCGCCAGGGAUAUCGGACGCUGCGUGAGCGCCAGGUCAACUACGCCAAGUCGAUUGUGGGAUCGCCCGACUACAUGGCGCCGGAGGUGUUGAAGGGUGAGCAGUACGAUUUCACGGUGGACUACUGGAGCUUGGGGUGCAUGCUCUUUGAGGCACUGGCCGGGUAUCCUCCGUUUGCGGGAUCGACAGUGGACGAGACGUGGCAGAACCUCAAGUGCUGGCAGAAGGUGCUGCGCAAGCCGGUGUACGAGGAUCCCAACUACUUCCUGUCGCGGCGCACGUGGGACUUGAUCACCAAGCUGGUUGCGUCGAAGGAGAAGCGAUUCAAGAACAUCCAGGAGAUCCACGCGCAUGACUACUUCAGCGAGGUGGACUUCAACCAUCUGCGCGAGCAGCGUGCGCCGUUUGUGCCCGAGCUGGAUUCGGAGACAGACGCGGGCUACUUUGACGACUUUACCAACGAAGCGGACAUGGCCAAGUACAAGGAGGUCCAUGACAAGCAGCGAGCGUUGGAAGAGAUGGCCGAAAGGGACGAUAAGAUGAGCAAGGGCUUGUUCGUUGGAUUUACUUUCCGACACCGAAAGCCAGCGAUGGACGGACUGGGACGCAGCUCGCCGCGCAAGCCGAUCGCGACGGACGGAUCCUUCGGGACGAUGUUUUAGGCGCAAGUAUCACGGAGUUCUAUUCGGGCGAGCUGGACUCGAGUUUUUAAGCGAGUAUGGUUUAAUGGUAUGAUGGAUGUGACGAUGGAGUUGUAUGAUACAGCAUAUCGUAGAAUACAAAUGCAGAAAAUGCAGUUGUAGCCUCUUAUUCAGACUACAUCCUGCAGAUUC